AUGUCUGACAAUCCCAGUGUGCCUGAGAUUGAGAAACUCAUGAAGUCGAAAUUGAAGAAGACAGAAAGACAAGAGAAAAAUCCACCGUCUUCAAAAGAAACGAUUGAACAGGAGAAGCAAGCAAGUGAGUUGUAA